AUGGCACAUCAUGGUUUGCACUCACGACGCGUGUAUCGCUUUGCAGGACUAUUGUUGUCCUCCCUCUUCAUUGGCGCCGAAGCAGCCGCUGCGAAAAACUGCUCUGUGGUACCGACAGCCAUUCCCUUCACUAAUGUCACCGUACUUUUCGCGCCAGAUAGAUCUGCUGCACAUCGGUCUAUGGCCUGGGUCGCGGGAAGCCAAAAUGUCGCCCUAGGAAUGCAAGUUGGAACAACGCUUAAUUCAUCGUUUAUGCCUGAGUCCAGUGUCUGCACUGCCAACAUCGACCGUGGUUGUGUGUUCUGGCGCGGUGGUAUUUUCGAUUUGCAAAGCAGCAAGUCAUGGAGAUAUGAAGAUCGCACAGAAGGGUAUAAUGCCUCUAGGAGAAAUGCGGGGUGGGACUACCUCAAUGAGGCACAAUAUGCAGGCAGUGAUCCUAUAUCGGCGUUCCCACGAGGAUGGGAUAACUUCCAAAUACAGCUCUAUAACGGUGACAAGAUGGAACUCGACGGUUACCCCAUGGUGGCCAUUGACAACGGCUCAUUUCCUUUCGGGCAAGGUAUGAUCGGGCUUGCUAGUGAUUCGUCUUUCCUCGAAGUCUUGGUCGAAAAGAACCAGAGCCCAAGCAGAAGCUGGUCCUUGGACUAUGGCCUGAGCUCAGUGGAAAAUUUCGCGCCCGGAGAACUUGUGAUUGGAGGCUACAACCGUCAGAAGGCAGCUGCAGACGACUUUGAGGAUUUCGAAGUGUUCAAGGAUAAGAGCAAACCGUGCCCGUUGCAAGUUCAGGUAAACAAAAUCAACUGGGGUACUGCAGAUCUCAUGGCGGACCAAGAACCUUUCAUGGCCUGUAUCGAGCCCGCAUAUUGGACCACAAUUAUGCCGAUAACCGUUCGAGAGAAUUUCAACAGAACCAUGCUCACCGGCGGGAACGUAUCCUUCGUAGAUUCAACCUGGGAGUACCUUUUGUACAAUAAUUCCGACCCCACACAGCUCCCCGCAGGCGACAUCUACAUCGAGUUAAGCACUGGCUUUAAUGUAACAAUUCCGCGCACAGAGUGGAUCUUCCCUGCCACGACAGUCAACCUCACUGAAGGGCGGUGGGAUAUAAUUCCAGACCGAAUCCAGACCACGAUCGGAAACGCCGGCUUUGCCAAAGACGUCGAGCCGAAACUACCCUUCCUCGGUGCACCCUUCCUCUCCCAAGUGUACCUGCGCGUGGACUAUGAAUCAAACAGGUUCGGACUAGCCCACAUAAAACGCGACGACGCGGCCGGAAACCCUUCACUCGUCCGACUCGGCUGCGAUAGCUAUGACGGGCCGAAUGAUGGUCCACUCACUACACCCUCAUCCAGCCCAACCGCCCAGCCUUCCUCAUCAGGUGGAUCCAACACGGGCGCUAUUGCUGGUGGAGUUGUCGGUGGUCUUGCGGGUCUUGCGAUAAUUGGUAUUGCAGCGCUCUGCUUCAUCCGCCGGCGCAAGAAGGCCGCCCCUGUCGAUAACGCUGCAGGCCAAGGGAUGGUCUAUGACCAGAACAAGGAUCAGACAACACCAAAUAUGGCGCAGUACAACUCGCAGAACUACGAAGAUCCACCUGCAUUUUCACCUACCGGUACACCAGCUCCAUACUCACCCGUCGGCUCACCAGUGUAUCUCGCGGCAGGUGGGGUUCCAAGAAGGCCACUCCCCGGUCAACAGUACCCAGGUUACUACGAUAAUCAAGGAGGUUAUACAGAGCAGGCGGCAGAGUUGGGAGGGAGUGAUAUUGUGGCGGCAUCAGAGCUGAGUGGAAGGCCGAGGAGUACGGGUUAUGGUCAGUUUGCGGAGGGAAAUAUGGACGAUCCGGCGAUGGGAACAGGGAAACGUUAA